GUAGUCCGCAAUAUUCAGCGAUCAUGGAUAUAAAAGCACUGAUAACUUUGGUAGUAUCAGUUGGAACGUCCAUAAUUACCACGGAGGCGAAUGAAUCAUCCACCCGCGUAAAGCGAAUUAUUGGAGGCGGAAGGCUUCCCAUAUCCAGAGUACCUUACCAGGAACUGGACAUUCUCAUUCGAGCGGGUUCGGAUCGUCGCAACACUGGAGGCAUAGUGCGACACAUGAAGUGGUCCAUCAUUCAUCCACAUUACUCGGCCAACCGAGUGACCAACGAUGUUGCGUUGAUUCUGCUUAACACUCCGCUCGUCGUAUCAUCGGGGAUAAGCUGCAUCAAGAUGGCCCAUCAGGGCCACGCUCCGAUUAUCGGUCAACGUGGACUUGUUUCGGGGUGGGGCGUGACGAAUCCAUAUUUGGAUGUAGCGGUGCCAAGUUCUUACCCAAUAACACUGCAGUAUACGUCCUUACCGGUGAUAGAUUUCGAAUGGUGCAACGAAAUGUACCCGUCGUACACUUUGUUACGUGGAGCGCAGUUCUGUGCUGGGUACGUGAAUGGUGGGACGGACACCUGCACCGGAGAUUCUGGGGGGCCAUUUGUGGUCGAUAGAAUUCUGGUGGGUAUUAUUUCGUGGGGGGUGUCCUGUGCGGAACCUUACCAUCCUGGAGUAUUUUCCAAUGUUGGUACAUACAGAUUUUGGAUAGAUGAAGUUGUUCGCCAGUAUAGCCGAUCUGGAGCAAUGAUGUGUUCACAUUAUUUUUGA